GCCGGCGAGUUUUAGUUCGCUUUGUGAUCACGUUAGUCACACUCGCAAUCUAGUGGUGAUUGCUCAAAUAUUGUGAACCCUUUUUAUUUCUUAAAGUAUUUAAAAAACUUAAAAAACAUGUAAGAAGGAUAAGCCCUUUUACAGAUAUUUUAACACUUGCUGUAAGGUUGGCGUGUUGUUAUGACGAGAAAUGUCAUGGACUCUACUUAUAAUGUUUUGUGUUAGAUAUUUACAGCGCGCCUCAUAACCUCGCUAUUAAACGUACCUUUUGCAAAGCUGAGAAACCAUGGCGCCACUUAUGAUAGAGGGAGAAACGUUGGGGGAUAAACAUCGCAAUUACAACAAAAUAGUGAAUGAAAAAAUCAAAAGCAAUCCAACUAAAACAAUUGCCGCCAUAAACUAUGAAGAACCAGAUCUGGAUAACCUAUGCAAAAUAGAUAUAGCGUGCAAAAUACGAAAUGUUGAAUACAUUCUUGAAAUUCUCAAAUGUGAUGAUAUGUUAUACGUAUCUCGAGUUAUUAAGAAAUGCACAUGGUUAAUAACUGAUCAGCAAUACGCCUAUAUUAUUAAUCCUGCAUACUUGUACAACAAUCUUUAUCAACAGAUGACUUCAAAAGCUUUUAAUAAACUCGUCCUGCACAUAAGGCUAAACUUAGAUGAUGAAAAACGUGUUGAAGAGUUUUUCAACUUUUACAAACAAAAUGAUUUGGACAAAGCCAUGCAUUGGCUGCCACGUUGCUCUAUUGGUUUUAUCGAGGGAAUCAUUCGAAAUCAUGCUAAUGAUAUACCAAAGAACUUAUUGAAACGAUUAUAUGAAAAAUCGUUUACUUUUCUGGAUAUACUAGUACAGAAUUAUAACGGCUCAUACUAUGUGGACCACUUAAUAGUACCUGGAAUGUUUCUUUUAAAAAUAAACCUCGAAAAGUUCCUUGAUAUAUAUGAGACACUCGAAGACGGCGAUACACCAAAAUUUGGACGGAAAUAUACCAAACUCGUCAUGGAGAAAUGUCCUGAAAGAAUAAAAAAGAAUCUUGAAAAAUACGUUGAUGUCCUUGAUUUAACAGUGUUUGCGCAAUAUUUAAAAAGAGAAGAAGUUAAGAACUUUAUAUUAACACACAUUAAAAAUAACAAAACUCGUUCAUGGUUCACCUACAAAAACAUUAAAUACUUUGUCAACAGGUUGCCAUUUGAGGAGAGAUUUGAUUUUGUUAAAAAGCUUUUCAUAGAGAAAUCCUAUAAAGAUGAACCCCUUGAAAAUGAGACUUGGGAUGAUAUAAUAGAGUAUUGUAAUCUGCCUCUCAAAGGAAAAUUAACGUCGUCAAAAAAUAUAUACAGCUGGUAUGUAUAUGCACCAUUUAAUAAGGCUUUCGAAGAUUUAAAAUUAUUGAUUCGCAAUGAAUCAAAUCCCUCUGAAAGAAUUUGGAUUUUGCGAUCAAUACUGACUUGUGCUCUUGGAAAUCAAAAUAAUAUCCUAACAUUAUUAAAAUAUUACCAUAAAAAUCACAUCAACGAACCUUUCAUGUUCAAAGUUCAGUUUGUAAAUCAUUUGAUUACCAAGACUGAUACACAUAAGUAUGACGAAGAGGCUUGGGGAUAUUUAAAUGAUAUUUUCAACAGCUUGGAAGUGUAUACUAGAUCCAAAGAUAGUGUGCAAUCAUGUUUGAAAUCCAUACUUUUCUAUAAUGUGAUUCAUGAUGUCCAAAUUCCCGAAGAUAUAGAAAGUAAAUUUGAUUUCAAACAUUACAUAUCAUAUGGAUAUGGUGAUUGUAGAAAUAAGUUCAACAUGGAGGAAACACAGAAAAUAUUUAAUUACUUUUACAGUUAUUACAUUUCAAAGGUCAAAAUUAAUAUUACUAGUGAAAAAGAGUUUGAUGAGACUGUGGACAUUAUAUUAUCAGUUUUAAAAGUUCUUGAUAUAUGGAAUAAAGAACUCAAAGAUUAUCCAUUUGUUCUCCAGAGAAUCAAAGACCUUGUUAUUAUAAAAAAAGACAGUUCCUGGAAGCAGGAUCUUUCAAGUUUAUAUAACUUCAAAAAAUCCUGGAGAAAGAUUUUAUUUACUGAAUCUAUUAUUCUAAGUCCAAACCAAGACAGUUGCAUGAAUGCUCUUAAGCACAGUCCAGAGCUAUUAGAAUCUCACACAAAAGAAAUAAACGCAUGCAUAAAUGAUAAAGUACUUUACUUUGGCAGAUUUUUGAGGAAAAUUCAAAUUUAUUACCAGUACCAAUCUUUAUCAGACUCAUUUAAAGCAACUUUUCUGGAGAACCUCAAUCGGAUGAGCCUUCACAAGUCGUCAAUUACAGGUCUAUGUAUAUUACUUACCCGAAAAGAGCUGUUGGACUUUGUUCAAAAAUAUGUACCGAGAGAAGCUAAAAUUGUUUGGAACCAACAUGAUGACGCGAUGCUCAGCAUACGCAAAAACGUCGCUGCAUGUAUGCACCUAUCUAGGCCUCACCUCCCACUUGAUGUGGUUUUAUUGUAUGCUAAAGGAGAUUAUUUGAAAUAUGUACUGCCUUCAUUGAAUGCAAUAUUUUAUAACAUCAAUUCAAAACAGAUGGCCGAGCAUCUACCAAAACUUCUCAAUGCACCAGUAUCUUUAAAAAAACAUGGCAUUCGGGUCGCAUUUGCGAAGCUAAAACAAAAGGAACUUAUAAAUAUGUUUACGGAAAUUUGGAAAUCUAAUAAAAACAGAAGUAUUCGAAAAGAGAUCGUUUGCGAGACUUUCAAGAUGCUUUGUAAAGAAACUGAUGAAACGGUUAUGUUCUAUAUAUGGGAGAUGUUCCGCAUGUUUGUCAAUGAUUUAACUUUCGAGGAAAAUAAAAAGAUAUAUUUUACCCUUAGCCAAGCUCAAAAAGUGCCUCUUAAUAUAAGAGCGUCUUUUUUGAUGAGAAGCUAUGAAUUCUUAGAAAAAUUGCCAGCUGAAGCCAAUUGUGAAAAUCUCAUUGAUGAAUUAAAAACCAAAAUGGGCGAUAUCAUGGAAUUCUUGGAUGUAGAUUUUAUGGCAAAAUUGUUUUUAGAAAAUUUUGAUAAAAAGUUCGCCACUCAGAAAUAUUCCUACUCUACUUAUGUAGCUAUGUUUUUGUUAAGUACAAAAUCGGAAUCCGUUCAAUGUGAGCGCUACAAAAAAUGUUUUGAGCCAAUAGUAGAAAAGGCUGUUGCGGUGUGGAAUAAGCAACACGGAACUGUUUACUAUGCAAGAAAAAACUUACAAGAUAUAAUUAAUACUGUGUCUAUGAAAUUCGAUUCUUUAGUUUUGGAUAAGGAGAUGAUUUUUCCCAUCGCCAUGUAUACUGCAGCACUGAAUCAACUUCAAAGUGUUUUAUCGAUAAAAGAAAAUUAUUUUCUCUUGACACAUAUUAAGUUGUCGUUGGGAUACAUACAAAUUGUAUCUGACCUCAAAACAAAAUGCAGCGGUAUAAUAAAGUAUAACCUGCUUUUAAAAGAAGCAGCACCUAGUUUUGGCGCGCUUUGUUUAAAUUACUUAAAGAAAGAUGUCGCAGAUCAUUUCUCCACUAUUUAUAUAAUUUUUGGUAAAGUUUUAAGCCUCAUUUGUGACCAGUACGCCACCGGUACAGUCUUUAAGAUGGGAGUCUUAAAAGCAUUUCUUAGCGAUAAAAAUUUUAUGGAAGGAUAUUUGUUAGUUACAGAAUUACUGCCAACCUCGAACGACUUUUGUGGUAGCAGCGAAACAGCUCUGCAACUGGAAAUGUUAAAGGAACUAAGCAUUCAUCAUUCGGAAGAAGUUGUAUCGCAUUAUUGGCUUAUACGAAAGGAUUUGUAUUAUUUUUGUUAUUAGUGAUAGUUUGUAAAUAACCUUAAUGAAUUAAACAGAGUAACUCCGUCUUGUUGGAGAGCCUCGGAAUGGGGCUCUGCCAGGAAGAGCUUGAACCCUACGGCUGGAAGAUCCGAACCUCGGAUCAGGCGACAAUUUGAGUGGACUUCUUCCUGUACUGUCCCUCUGACAAGUCCCCAUACACUAUGCUAUAGAUCACCAUAGACUAUUACAAAUAAUAUAGAACAAUUUUUAACGACGUAAUUGUUAUGCGAAUCCAAACUUAUUAAAAAAAAACAAAAAAAAAAAGUUUGAAAUGAUAACAGUUACUCUUCUUUUGAGUCCUUCAGCACCUGGAGGUGCAUAGGGUCGGGACUACUUUUUUCUUUCCAGAUCUAUACCGAGCUGCAAACUUAAGCGUGGUUCAAGAUAAGUCGCAAGCCUUUAUUUCCGCUACCAGAGACCGCUUCCAUGUUGCCUUUGGCCUUCCACGUUUUUUCCUUUGCCCCCCAGGCUGCCAUUGCUUCGCGUGAAAUGUAUGGUGUGAUCUAUACAGUUCCCUUUUCUAUGCUGUAUUUGUUCAAGGAUUUUUUUUAAGAUUACUAUAUUAUAUUUCUUAAAUAAAACAAAAUAAAUUUUAUAGCAUCUUCAAAACCACCGCAGCGAGCUUCUGGCUACCAAACCAAUUCAAAACAUUUAUUUAUUGUAAAUUUACUUAUGCCUUAAAGAAUUGACUUUUUUGGGCAGUCCUACUGCAUAAACGCUUUUCCCCGGGUAAAUAUAUAUCCAUCCAUAGGUAAUCAAAAAAUUACCUUUCAUUUUAAUUUUUUAUAAGUAUUAAUGUACCUACAUAAAUACUUAUACUUUUAUACUCACAAUAUACUCAUAUACUCAUAACUAUUAUAAAUAGUUAAUUGAGCAUUAUGUAUUUGAAUACCUCAAUUCACAAUAUGUAUGUGAAUACCUCAUAAUUAGGUAUAUAAGCUUACAGUUAGAUUAAGGGGUAGAACAAAACAAAACAAAACUUAAUAUUUACGUAAAGUAUUAAAUUUUUUUUUCUAUUACGAGCUUUUAUUAUAACAUGAAUCCUGACUCAUAUUAUAGGUGCAAAAGUGUUUGUUUGUGUAAUUGUCCUUCCUUGGCCCAAUGAAGAAAAUGGUCUACUACUGGUACAAAUACGAUCAACAACUGUAGCCUAGUCACUAAUAAACCAAAAUAGACUAAAUGAUUUUUCUAUUCGUUUUUUAACUUCAAAUUAAAAAAUAAAGCGGUGUUAAUAGUGAAAAUAUUUAAUGUACCUUAUGACAUUUUUAAGUGAAAAACCAUCCCUAAUUUUUUUAAGACUGGCACAUACACCUUUUGUUCUUUUAUUUAUCUCCUUGUUGUGCCACCUUUCCUCGACGUACCGCUGACUUCGGAUGAAAAUCUACUCAACUGCCCUUUAUCUCUUAAUAUUAUACUUAAUGAAUAGUUGUUAGUUAUUUUCUUGUAACUCCUACUAGGUACUAUAAAUUUAUUUGUAUUGUUAACCGACUAAUAAAGGGAGGAGAUUAUCAAUUUGGUUGUA